AUGGGAAUCCUUUUGUAUCAACCUUUCGUCUCGUAUGAUUAUGCCUCCCAAAAACAUAUUUCAACAGUUUUCAGAUUGCGGAGCAGGUCAAGCUUACAGGAGACACCAAACAGUGAUCAGAACUUUACUUGGUGCGAGUUAAUCUUUUGGAGAUACUUUCAGCUUCUCCCUCCAAUCACUGAAACGGUUGUUGUUUGUCGUAUACAAUUCCGUACGAAGUCACACAACUAUCAUAGUUGGCAGAGGUCAACUUCAAUGCUUGUUCUCAACUGGUCGGUGUCAACUCCUGAUGUCUGGUCAAUACGUCUUUCAUCUUCAAGACUUUCGUCUCUCUUACAAAACUUCUUGGACAGGAACUGUGCUAUGCUUCGUCAGCAGUUUCUUAGCUAA